UUUAUUUUUUAUUCAAUUUAUCUGAUCAGAUCCCUCAUAAAAUCUCAAUAUUCUAGAAAUUAACAAUCAGAUUUCUCCCCUCCGAGAAAAAUACAGUCUACCCAAGAAGUCUUCUUCGAGAAUUUAUUAUUGUUACUGUUGUUGUUGCUGUUCCAUUGAUGGCUCCGCCGCCGGUGGAGCAGAACGGAGACGCCGCUACUGAGUCGCAAAGGUCUAUCCCCACGCCUUUCUUGACUAAAACUUAUCAAUUGGUCGAUGAUCACACGAUCGACGACGUUAUUUCUUGGAACGACGACGGAUCUACUUUCAUCGUUUGGAACCCCACGGUUUUCGCUCGCGAUCUCCUGCCUAAAUAUUUCAAGCAUAACAAUUUCUCUAGUUUCGUUCGUCAGCUCAAUACUUAUGGAUUUAGGAAAGUGGUACCGGAUCGAUGGGAAUUCUCCAACGAUUAUUUCCGACGAGGCGAAAAGCGACUUUUGUGCGAAAUCCAGCGUCGGAAGAUCUCGUCGCCAACUGCCACGGCUGUUACGGUGGCGCCGGUGACGAUUGCGACGAUUCCAAUGGCAAAGCCUAUUAUAUCUCCGACCAAUUCCAGAGAGCAGUCUCCAGUUAUUUCAUCGGGCUCAUCGCCUUCCAGGCUUAACCAAGCAGGGGCAGUUAUGGCCGAGCUCAUGAAAGAAAACGAAAAAUUGAGGAAAGAGAACGUGCAGCUUAACAAAGAAUUAGCAGAGGUGAAGAGCUUGUGCAAUAAUAUCUUCAGUUUGAUGUCGAAUUACGCUAGUUCUCGGUCGGAUAGCAGCUCGCCGACGACGAAACCGUUGAACUUGUUGCCGUCAAAGCGAUUAUCGUGCGAAGGGGAAGACUCAGCGGACGAAGAAACUAGUCCGAGGUUGUUCGGCGUUCCAAUCAGGGGAUUGGCAAAACGCCCCAGGGAAGAAGGGGAAAUCGCACAGCCGCCGCCCGUGGAGGUGGUGGACGAGACGCAUUUACAGCUGCAGCAGCCAGGUGGGAGUGAGACGAUCAAAUUGCCGUUGGAUUGCGACAACCCAGGACUUAACGAUGAUCAUGGGAUACAAGACGCGCCGUGGCUUGGGCAGUUACACCGAGCGAAUCAGAGGGUCUGUAAUUGAACUCUGGUUCGGGUGUUUUUUUGGGUAGUUUUUUUAGGUCGGGUAUCUAGUCAUGGAUCCGAACGGAAUGUACCCGUGGCAACCUUUGAAAGCGGGACCCAUCCCUUCUUCAUGAA